AUGUCUUUUCGUCCUACCAUCUGUCCGUCGUUUAACGCCUGCAGGUCGAUGGCCCCGGCCAUAAACGCCUUUUCUUCAUGUCAAAAUUUGCAACAAAUCUCUGUGUUCAUAUCUAUCUAUCUAUCUAUCUAUCUAUCUAUCUAUCUAUCUAUCUAUCUAUCUCAGUCAGUUCAUAUCUAUCUAUCUAUCUAUCUAUCUAUCUAUCUCAGUCUGUCCAUAUCUAUCUAUUUAUUUCUGUGUAUUCGUAUCUAUCUAUCUAUCUAUCUAUCUAUCUAUCUAUUCUAUCUAUCUAUCUAUCUAUCUAUCUAUCUAUCUAUCUAUCUAUCUAUCUAUCUAUCUAUCUAUCUAAGUCUGUCCAUAUCUAUCUAUUUAUUUCAGUGUAUUCGUAUCUAUCUAUCUAUCUAUCUAUCUAUCUAUCUAUCUAUCUCAGUCAGUUCAUAUCUAUCUAUCUAUCUAUCUAUCUAUCUAUCUAUCUAUCUAUCUAUCUAUCUAUCUAUCUCAGUCUGUCCAUAUCUAUCUAUUUAUUUCAGUGUAUUCGUAUCUAUCUAUCUAUCUAUCUAUCUCAGUCAGUUCAUAUCUAUCUAUCUAUCUCAGUCUGUCCAUAUCUAUCUAUUUCUGUGUGUUCGUAUCUAUCUAUCUAUUUUUCCAUUCUCUUUUUCUUCGUUUCAUGCGACUAUCAUUUCUUUCUUUUCCUUUUUUUUUCUUUUCUCUUUUUUCUUUCUAUACGCUUGUUCUUUCUUUCUUUCUUUCUUUCUUUCUAUAAUCGUUCAAAGUCUAUCAUACAUAUUCACAGUUAGCUCUGUGCCAUACGUUCAUAUCUAUCUAUCUAUCUAUCUAUCUAUCUAUCUAUCUAUCUAUCUAUCUAUCUAUCUAUCUUCUCUGUUCACUUUCUCCCUCUCGUUCUCUAUAACUUGUAAUUUACUGUUCGUAUCCCUCUCUCUGUAUGCCUAUAUGUCUGUUAAACUCUUCAUAUCUCUCUCUAGUCUGUCCUUUUGA